UACAGAAAUGUGAUACAUUUCGAUAUCGGCGGAAGGAGAAGCCUACUCCCCCAUAGUUAACAUUGGUCAAAGUUCAGUGCGUCGACUCGAGGUCUGCAUUCAACUUUUUGUUGUCUGCUUUUGACUUGACUUGAAACUGUUAAUAUUCCCAGACUGAUUGUUCUGACUAACAAUGAUAACAUAUUUGUUAUAUACCGCUCUGGCAGGUUUGGCGCUUUUGUUGUUUUUGCCUCGCCUGAUAAAUCGUUAUUUUUUUCAAGAUUUGAGUUACGCCAUUUCUUCAAUUAAAAUUGCUCUAAGCCUUAACAAAAUCAAGAAGCAGAAACCCUUUUACAGUAUGUUGGACUGUUUUCUGGACAAAGUGGCGAAGCAUCCGAAAAAGAAGUUCAUUAUUUUCGAGGAGAGCUCGUACACGUACAGCCAAGCCGACAAAGAGAGCAACAAAGUGGCCAGAGCCCUGUCCACCUAUGCCGGCCUGAAGGAGGGGGACACGGUGGCCCUCUUCCUGGGCAACGAGCCCCACUUUGUGUGGCUGUGGCUCGCUCUGACCAAGUUGGGGUGCAUACCUUCUUUACUGAACUGCAACAUCAGAUCCAAGUCUCUGCUGCACUGCUUCUCCUGCUGUGAAGCCAAGGUUCUGGUGGCGGGUGCUGACUUGCGUCAGGCUGUAGAGGAGGUGUUACCCACCUUGAUCGAGCAGGGUGUCCAUGUGUUUAUCCUUAGCGAGAACUGUGAGCUGGAGGGUAUUGAAAGCCUCACUGAUAAAGUUCAGCAGGCCUCCGACCAGCCUCUGUCACCUCAGCUGAGGGCCAACGUUAACAUUAAGAGUCCCGCACUCUAUAUCUACACCUCAGGAACCACAGGACUUCCCAAGGCAGCUGUUAUCAAUCACGAGAGGCUAUGGAUGUCAACUUAUCUUCAGUCCAUUGCUUCCGUCCGCUCAGACGAUGUCCUCUUCGUGUACCUGCCUCUUUACCACAGUUCUGGAUUUCUUAUGGGGCUUUGUGGAGCCAUAGAACGAGGUAUCACGGUUGUUUUAAAACGUAAGUUCUCUGCCUCCAACUUCUGGAACGACUGUAGAAAGUACAACGUGACAGUUAUUCAGUACAUAGGAGAAGUUAUGCGCUACCUCUGCAACACACCAAAGAGAGAAAAUGAUAGAGAUCAUAAGGUCCGACUGGCCCUGGGGAACGGGUUGAGGAGCGACACCUGGGAGGAAUUCCUGCAGCGAUUUGGGGACAUUUGUAUCUGUGAAUGCUACGGAGCGACGGAAGGAAAUGUUGGCUUUGUUAACUACUGUGGCAGAGUUGGAGCUGUGGGCAAAGAGCAUUUUCUCCACAAAUUGGGAUUUAAGUACGCCCUCAUAAAGUAUGACACGGAGAAAGAGGAGCCUGUCAAAGACUCCAGGGGAUUUUGUAUUGAAGUCCCCAAAGGAGAGACCGGUUUGUUUGUGGGGAAGAUCGAAGCAAGAGCUCCUUUCGCUGGCUAUGCCAAGAACCAUCAGCAGACCGAGAAGAAGAAGCUACGUGACGUGUUUGUGAAGGGAGACCUCUACUUUAACAGUGGCGACCUUCUAAAGAUAGACAAGGAGGGAUUUGUCUUCUUUCAAGACCGAAUUGGAGACACUUUCAGGUGGAAAGGAGAAAAUGUAGCAACCACAGAGGUGGCCGAUCAUUUGCUCAUGUUGGACUUUGUCGAGGAGGCUAAUGUCUAUGGUGUUAAGGUGCCAGGACACGAGGGACGAAUUGGAAUGGCAGCACUGAAGCUCAAAGAAAACAUGGACCUUGACACCAAAGCUGCCUAUCAACACGUCAAAAACUACCUCCCCAGCUACGCAAGACCACGCUUCAUUCGCUUGCAGGAUACACUGGUAGUAACUGGGACGUUUAAGCAAAUGAAGUUGAAGCUGGCAGAGGAGGGCUUUGACCCGGCUGCCAUCAGGGACCCUCUGCUCUACCUGGAAGACAACAACAACAACUAUGUACCCAUGACUCAGCAGAUAUUCAACUCCAUCACAGACGGAAAAAUCAGGCUCUGAAUGAGUUCAGUGUUUAUUGUUGGAAUGUGAACCUCAAAAUAGUACAAUUGAUUUUGAGGUUUGAAGUGAAACUGGAUGUCAAAUAAUGAUAGAUGACAUUCACAAUGAACAUUUAGGUACAGUACAUUUCAUGAGCUAAUGUAGGGAAUAUUGCGAAAUAUUUUAGUUUGAAAAUUUAAAACAUGAUUGAACUGGGCAAAGCAAUCUCAAAUCAUUGACCUGUGAUCUUAGAUUUGCCAGGAACUGAAAGAGCUGGCACAGCACCCGCAUGGCUUAAACAAUAGUAAAUUGCUCAAUCAUCUACAGCUGAAUUACUGUCUGUAUCUAAACUACUGUACUUAACUGCUUUUAGGAUCAUUAUAGGAGCUUAGGUGCUGUGGUGGUUUCCAGUGGAUUGGUAGAGGAAGCAGUGUUGGCAACAGGAGAAGAAGACAUACAGUUCAUUCUUCUGCAGGUGGAGGAUAAGUGUUUUUGAGUUGCCUGUGAAACCUUCACAGGGCAGCAGAGCUGAUGAGGCCCACACUGCACCCACUGGUUGCAGAAACUGGGCACACUGUAGAACUUUGUCAGCUUUUUCAGGACCUUUUUACCCAGGAGAUUUGAUGGCACUUCUGUAAUCUUAAACAUAGGACCAGAUCCUGUUGAUGGUGUGCUAGAGAGGGCGGCUGCAGCAUCUUUGAGACAAGGCCUUUUAUCAAAGUCGUAGCCGGACGGCGAUCCGAUGUAAUUGUAAGGCAGAGGCUCGCUGCUGCAGCUGAGAGAGCGCAUUGGUCUCCUAGAUCUGUUCCAGGCCUUGUCAAUCCACAGCUCCACUUGAGCCUUGUCAAGCCUGGAGACAGCAUCCUCUCUCCCCUCAGAGUCGAGGUCUUCCUCUAUCACCUCAUCUUUCCCUGAUUUUAGUUGGUCUGCAUUAUUCAGAGCCUGAGUCUCAGCCAGGAGAGUGGAAGCUGUUUUGGAGAUGACGCUCCAGUCCUUAAGGAUGUCCUCUGCGGUGGUGAACUGUGAGGUCACUGUGAAUCUGAUGAUACGCUUGGUGUUAAUGUCUGCAGGGAUGAGGUACAUGGUGCCUGACCGCGUCAGUCUCCUCAGCAGCUCUUGGGUCAAAGUAUUUCCAACCUAGAAUAAAAAAUAUAUAAAUGUUGCAGGGCCAAAAAACCCAAAACCUCUCAACUAAACUGAAACAUUUAGAGGGAGACAUUUCAAGGUUACCAGUUACCAAUCAUCUCCUAUAUUGCUCUGACCUUAACUAGCGGGCGUUGUAAAAAAUGUUUUCCUUAUAAAGGAACUCACCUUUAUAUGAUAUUUUACUUUCAACAAUGAUUAGCUAAGACAUGUUGCUUCACAAAGUUUGCUGCGUAGACAGUUCAAAUCUGUGCAACCUACUUUUAGGCAGAAAACAACCAGGCCAAGGUGCCUCUCAGCGGGAACUUCGAAAUUUGGGUCACUCCUAAUGUGAGACUCCAAAAGCUUGGCCAUCUCAAUCCCCUAAAGCAAAACAAAAAUAUACAUAUAAAUCUUUUAAUUCAAAGACAAAUAAAAGCUGUAGGAUGUCCUAGUAUUUCAUGCAUAAAUAAAUGUGCCUUAUCUGAUAACAUUGAAUGUUUAUUUCUUUCUUAAAUACUUUGCAUUAAAUAACUGAGAGCCACUUACAUGUCUGAUAUGAGCCUGGAGGUUUUUCAGUCCAAAGGAGCGCAUAACAAACCAAAGUUUCAGAGAACGGAAACGGCGGCUAAGGGGAAUUUGCCAAUUCUGAACAGAAAAAUUAUGUUUCCUUUAUAUAAAAUGAUUCACCGUGAUAAUUAAAAAUGUAAUUAGGUCAUACUGUAUGUUACCAUGAAGUCUGUGGCUGCCUGUGAGUUUUCAUGUCUGAGGUAAACAGGAUCAACAGUGAACGUCUGUUGGAGCUUAUAUUUAUCCUUUACCCUGGAAAAACAAGUUCAAACAAUAUUAACAAAUAAACGAGCAUCCUUCUAGUAUUAA